AUGGUCCUCGGCUGGCUGCUGCUGCUGGUGCUGGCGCUGCCCCCAGGCACGAGAAGCGUCAAGGACUGCUUCUUCUGUGAGCCGACCGACUCCCUGCACUGCCCCAGCACGUACAUGAGCUGCAGCGAAGAGGAGGACUGCUUCACGGGCUACGGGGUGGCCCCGGGUUUGGGCCCCAUCACCAACAAAGGCUGCCUGCGCUCCACCAGCUGUGGCCACGAGCAGCCCGUCAGCUACAUGGGCGUCACCUACAGCCUCGUCACCACCUGCUGCUAUGGCAACCUGUGCAACGCAGCCCCCCGGCCCGCGGGCACCGGGACGGCAGGGGCCACGACCGGCCUGGCACUGGGCUUGCUUCUGCUGCUCCAAUAG